CACAAACUUAUAAAUGGAGAAAAUAUCUUACAUAACACUAGAUCUUCUUGAUUCAUCACCGCCUUCGAAAAAAUCAGGAUGUGGGUUUUUGUUUUAAUAGCUUUCGGAUUCAUGAAUGGGGUCUUCUCAGAAUCCGUUUGUGAGAAUAAAGUCGCAAUGGCUUGCCCUCUAAGUGCUAUAUUGGAAAAAUCACUUCCAGGAACUGAGGAAGAACUGACAAAAUCUUGCUUAUUUUUAGAAAAAACCAAAAAAUGCAUGAUAAAUUUUCUUAAAAAAUGUAAUGGUGCAGAAUAUGAUGAAAAUUCGAUUAUGGAAGGUGGAUCCACAAAAGAUACGCUCAGAUUAUUGAAAGUGGCGACAGAGGUUUGCAAAAAAGAUUCGGAUCUUCAUUCGAGAUUUGUUCAGAAUAUGUCUUGCCUUAAGAAAGUUUCUGAUGAUAUAAACGAAGACCAGAAUUGUGAUGGUUUAGGAAUUCAAGGUUCGAGUAUUGCAAAAACAAAACUAAAAUAUAUCGUUGACAGAAUAAUUCGAUCGGACAUUCACGAAUGCAAGCGAGUCCUUUCGGAUAUGAACUGCUUCCUUAGCAGGUACUUUGAUGAGUGUGGUGGUCGGGCAAAAGACACCGCUGUUGAACUGAUACAGAAAGGAGGAUCCUUAGACGAGCAGUGUCCAAGAGACAUUAGGCGUCACGUUCUACGACUCUUUAAUCUCUGGGCUAAAGAAACCGGAAAAAACGUAUACGUACACGAAUUAUUCUCUUAAUAUAUUGAGUAAUGUAUGCAUUUGAAAAAAAUGUAUCUUUUUGUAAAAUCAGCUUAACAUAAAUUUUUUUGAAUAGCGA